UCAUACUUGAGGGCACACCUUCUGCAUAAUGGUUGGGGUCUUGCGACGGGGGUUGUGCCUAGCAAGCAGCAACGUGCUUUGGGAGCAGCUCUCCCCAUUUUCAAUUCCUUUUCACGACCAGAUCUGCCAUGGGGAACGUUGCUUGAGCGGCGCCAGCGCCAGCUCGUCAUCGGCCGGGCUGGACACACAGCUCGCUAUUUCAGCAAGGCGUCGUCGACGUGCAAUUGAGAUCGUAUCUUCUAAACAUGUUGUCACGCUUUUUGGAGGCUCUACAGAUGCCUCACGACCUAUCGGGGCGUCGGCAUCAGCUUUGCGAAGCUUUACUUCGGCAGCCGCGACGGCAUCAGCACCUAGCCAAACGAGAUCGGACGGAGGGGCCAAGAGCGUCGGAGCUAGCAUCAUCGGUAGCAGAUUCUUGGCGCCUUGGCCAUGGGUUGACCCCUCCAGGCCGCAGGUGCUGCCCAUAAGCGUUCCCAAGAGGCAGACACAGCCGGUGCCACUUUCCGAGGCACUGGACAAGCUGCUGAUUGCUCUGCCCGUAGCUGACCGAGCCCGUCACAACCUCGAGGUCUUCAUCAGGUUCCGUUUGGACCCGCGCCGUUCGGACCACCUGGUGCGCGGCAGUGUCGUUCUGCCGUACGGUACGGGCAAAGCCAUGCGACUGGUGGUGUUUGCAAAGGGGGCCGACGCGGAGAUUGCACGGAGCGAAGGUGUGGACCUCAUCGGUGACGAGGAACUCAUAAGCGCCAUCGUGUCCUCCGACGGCGCCGCCAUCAACUUUGACCGCCUCAUCGCCACACCUGACUUCAUGAAGCCGCUGGCAAGAGCCGGCAAGGUGCUGGGGCCCAAGGGCCUUAUGCCCAACCCCAAGAUGGGCACGCUUACAAGCGACGUUGCCGGCGCCAUCCGUGACAUCCGCCGGGGACGACUGGACUACCGACUCAGCCGGGAGGCUACCGUACGUGCCGUACUGGGUCGCGGCUCCAUGACGGCGGAACAGCUGGCAGCCAAUGUGGGCGCGUUGGUGGCCUCGCUGAUUGAAAACCGGCCCAAGGCACUGGCGGGACCGGUGGCGGCGGCGCCAGCGGCAGCGACGCAGCAAGGCGCAUCGGCACCGGCGGCGGCGGCACCGACGGUCGGCUUGCUGGAACGUUACUUUAUGACCUUUUAUCUCAAGACCAACCACUCGCCCUCCGUUGCCAUUUCCCUGGAGUCGCUCAGCGACGCUGCCAGCAAGUACGGCCAGGCGGCGCCUGGUGGGGUAUCACCUACAGCUGCGAGCGGGUUAUCACAGUCACAGCCACAGAAGCAGCAAAAAACUUCGUCGGUGUCACAGAAAUAGGGGCAGCAAGAAAUUGGGCGAAAAGAUGUAACAAGGCGAAGAAAGAAUAGACGACUAGGUUGUAGCAAUGUGGAAAAGAAGAAGCAUUAAGGUUAAUCGAGGGCUUUAUAGUGGAUCGUGUGAUUGACUGGUUUUGCCUACGUGGCUAAGAGUGGUAGGGCAAAGGCAGAAGGUACAUGUGUAACAUGAAAAUUGUUUC